CCGAGACCUGAGGGAGAAGAAGUAUACAAUAGCGGAGUUAGACAGACAGACAGACAGAGAGAAAGUGUGUGUGUGUGAAUGAGAAAGAGAGAGACAGAGCACAACACCGGGACGUAACGCUUUAAUUCAGAAACACGGACUUCCCAAAAGAAAACUCUCCGACCACCUCAGCUCGAGUUUAGACCAGGGGGGAGUUGUCGCACCUUGGCCCCGAAGACUGCGCUGCUCCGCGGGUCUGAAAACUCUCUUUCACCCCUCUCACUCUUCACGUCCGGCUGUUUUCAUGUUCCUCCCGUCGUCUCGCACUUUGAGCCCGGGUGUAAUGGAGGGCCCCGUACGGAUUUGCCACCAGAAGAAUGCGUUUUGCUGCUAAUUCAACCGACAGCUCGCAGCUUUUGCCCUCCUGCAAGAGAGGUUUGCUGAACAGUCGAGGGCGUGCGUGCUGGGCAACACGGCUGCUGGCAGGGGUCAAAGUGCACCAUGGACAGUGGCCUAAGGGUCCUCCUGUCCACUGUGCUGUGUCUCAGCCAGUCCCUGCUUAUCAGCUGCUCAUCUCAAUAUCCCUCUUUCCGCUCUGAGCCGGCCUCCUUGGUUCAGAGUCAUGGCUCUGUCGCUCGUCUGCACUGCUCAGUAAGCCCUCCAUCAGCGGUGGUUUCCUGGCGCUUCAGAGGCCUUCCCCUGGACCCCGACACCCUGCCCGGUGUGGAGCUGAAUGGAGGUUCCCUCGCCAUCUCCUCCCUUAAGCCCAGCCAUGCCGGCGUCUAUCAGUGUGUAGCACGCUUAGACCACGGGCCGGCUAUCGCCAGCCGCUUCGCGCGUGUGGCCAUAGCAGAAAUAUCAGAAUAUGAAGAUGGCCGACGGCGGUCAUUAUCAGUGCAGGAAGGCAGCACUGUUCGUAUAGAGUGUCCUCUACCGCACAGUGUCCCUCCAGCCCUGCCGAGGCUAAGGGUACGAGGGGAACGGAUAGAAGUGUCAACAGAUGACUAUUUAGUUCUUCCAUCUGGGAACCUCCAGAUUAUCUCUGUAUCAGCCCAGCACCAAGGCAUGUAUAAAUGUGGUGCAUACAACCCUGUUACAGGAGAAACCGUCAUGCAGCCUCAUGGUACCAAAAUCUCAGUCAGAUAUUCAGACCCCUCCUCACCCGUGUGGAUAGCUUACCCCACCGCCCCCAUCACUGUGUCGCUGCAGCAGUCACAGCCGCUCACGUUGGAGUGUAUCGUGUCUGGUAGUCGUGCACCGGCGGCCGUAUGGUUUAAGAAUGGGAAGGAGUUCACGCUGGGGCCUUCUCACCAACUACAGCACAACAACCUGGCUUUUGUUACGGUGACAAGGAGUGAUGAAGGAAGUUACACCUGUGCUGCUGAGACCGAGAGAGGGACUGUGAUCAGUGCCAACUAUACUGUGAAUGUUCUUGAGCCUGUGUCCGUCACAGAGGGCCCGACCAACCAGCUCGUCUCUCCCGGCUCCUCCGCUCGUUUCACCUGCGUAGCAAGAGGAAACCCCUCCCCAAACAUCACCUGGCUGUUCAACGCUGAUCCCGUCACCCCAUCGCACCGCUUUCAGAUCUCUGGAUCUUCACUUGUUAUCACAGACGUGACGCCGCAGGAUGACGGCGUGUAUCAGUGUCUGCUGGACAACGGGAUUAGCUCGACACAGUCGUUCGGCGUCCUUACAGUGCAAUCAGAUCCACAGCUGAGCUCCACCAGCGGUGUGAUGCUGGAGGUUUCACCAUCACUCCACCCCAUGCAGAGCGACGAAGGCCACGAGCGCUUCCUAACCGAGGAAGAAGGCAUACACGACACAAUCAACCUGCCGGCCGACCGCACCGUUGACCGUCCCACUCCAGAGGCGCCGAUCAUCAUCAGCCCGCCUCAGACUCACAAACCCGACGUGUACGACCUGGAGUGGAGGGCGGGGCGCGACGGAGGAAGUCCAAUCAAUGCCUAUUUUGUCAAAUACCGUAAGGUCGAUGAAAUGGGAACAGUGGUGGGGAGCUGGUAUACGGUUCGCGUCCCUGGCAGUGAGAAGACCCUGCGGCUGUCAGAGCUGGAGUCCUCCAGUCUCUAUGAGGUGCUGAUGGUGGCUCGAAGUUCAGCAGGAGAAGGCCAGCCAGCAAUGCUCACUUUUCGAACUGGCAAAGAGAAGAGCACCUCCUCCAACAAGAAUCCCUCAAAGCCUCCCGUCAUCUCGAUGCCCCCCAAAGCUCCAGAGGACAAAACCCCCAACACACACUUCGGAGUCGUCAUACACGACAGAGUACCCGAGGCUCCCGAUCGCCCCACCAUCUCUAUGGCGACCGAAAGCUCGGUGUAUGUUACCUGGAUCCCGAGAGCCAACGGCGGCUCGCCAAUCACGGCCUUCCGUGUGGAGUACCGGCGGGGCCGCAGUGCGGAGUGGGUUGUAGCUGCGGAUAAUAUCUCACCGCUCAAGCUUUCCGUGGAAGUUCGCAAUCUGGAGCCUGGCUCCACCUACAAGUUUCGCGUCGUAGCCAUGAACAUGUACGGCGAGAGUCCUCACAGCAUUCCCUCUAAGCCGUACCAGGUGCCACAAGCCAGCCCUCGCAUUGCAGACCGCCCGGUGGUCGGACCUCACAUCUCAUCCACAGAUGCCAUCAGCGACACACAGAUCAUGCUGCGCUGGACUUAUAGUCCCUCGAGUAACAACAACACUCCCAUCCAAGGCUUCUACAUUUACUACCGGCCCACAGACAGCGACAAUGACAGCGACUACAAAAGGGAUGUAGUUGAAGGUGUAAAACACUGGCACAUGAUUGGACAUCUCCAGCCCGAGACUUCCUAUGAUAUCAAGAUGCAGUGCUUUAAUGACGGGGGAGAGAGCGAAUACAGCAACGUCAUGAUCUGUGAGACCAGAGCACGUCAGCCUCCAGGAUCACCCAGCCAGUACCCCAUCACUCCACCUGGCCCCCACCCCCAGGAGCCCCCCAGCCCUCCUGGAGGACUGCUGUACCUCAUCGUCGGCUGUGUUUUGGGAGUGAUGGUGCUCAUCCUGCUGGCAUUUAUUGCCAUGUGUCUGUGGAGGAAUCGACAGCAGAAUAAUAUGCACAAGUACGACCCUCCCGGCUACCUGUACCAGCCAGCGGAGAUGAAUGGCCAUGUUCUCGAGUACACCACGUUGCCUGGCACCAGCCGCAUCAAUGGUGGCGUCCACGGAGGCUACGGGCACAGUGGCCCCAUGUUACCCCAGGGGUGCCAUCACCUCCACCACAAACUCCCCAACGGCUUGGCGCUGCUCAACGGCUCCAGCGGCCUGUUCUCACCUGGCCACCCACACAGCCACGAUGGCACCCUGCCUCACAGCACCAGGGACUGCGAGCACUCCCACCCCCACCACCACCAUAAUGGUGGAGGCAUGUACACAGCUCUUCCCCAAACAGAGUCUUCUGAUUGUAUGAGCUGUCAAAACCUCUGCAACAACAACAGAUGUUACAACAAGACCAAUGGCACUUUCUCAAGCGGCACUCUGCCUCUAAUGCAUCGCGUGGCAUCCUGCCAGCAGGACGGGCUGGAGAUGGUGCCUCUGGGACAGGUUUCAUCGCAGUGCCACGGCCCUGACAGCCACUCUAGUGACCAGGAGGCCGACGCAGGGUACCAGCCAGGCGAGCAUAGGGAGUCUUCGCCCUCACAGCAUUCUUGCUGUCUGGUGGGAAACAAUGAAAACUGUCCAGCAGACAACACUGCCGAGGAGGAGCUGGAGUGCGUCGACACGGAGGGGCCUGUGGUGUGCUGGGAGAGUCUUGGCCUGCCAGACUUGGACUGUGACGAAAAGCCUGGGUGGAUCUCCACCAGCAGCCUGGCAGGAGAGCUGAUCCAGCCCGGCCCCCAGGAGGUCUGAAGGCAGCCCACACACAAACACACUCUCCUGCAGUGUGGGGUUUUUUUUUUUUUUAGAGAAACCCAGCAGAGUGACUGGAUGAGAGACAGUUGUGGAAAUAUCACAGGAAGGAAGUGGACCAGCGAUGUGAUAGUCAGAGACACUGCAUGUUACGGUGACAAGGAAACAAAACUGUCGAUGGACUGAGCCGAGAUUAGCGUCAUGGGAAAAGACAGUGACUAUAAGAGACUGAGAGCAAAGCCAGAUGGAGAGAAACACAAAGAGAAAGGGAGCGUUGCUCGAAGACAGAAACUGUAUCCCAUUGGAGGGAAGACUCUCAUAAAAGAUCAAAGACUCUUUAGAUGACUUAUUUAUUUUUUGUAGUAGUAAAAUAUUAUUUCAUAUGAAUGUAUCUGUUUUAAAGAAAAAAAGUUUGUCUUUUAUAUUAUUUAUGCCUUUUGGAUGAGAAAUACUUUUUAUUUUUUGUUGUUUUGUCCCUCUGUGUUCCACUUAUGUGUGGAGAUUAGCAAUUGUCUGUGUAAAGUUUUGUAAUAAUAUAAAGAGAAGAUAUGGAAGAGUAAACAACAA